AUGUGUGUCAUACUUAGGAAUCGUUUCAGCUAUAUCGUUCCCACUACCAGUUUGGUGACCCUGAAUGACAUUAAUCUGGUCAUUAGUCAUACAAAGCCAUGUACGGUUGUUCACAGGGCACAGCUGUUGUUUUAUGCCAAUGAUUUGUCAAUCAAAAUGACAUUAGUGUUCAACACCGAUGCUUCACUGCCGUACAACCAUGAUUUAUUUGAAAGCCUUAUUGUAAAGAAAAGAGUAAAGUUAGCAAACGCGGCUCGAGCCUUGCAGAUUCGUGCAUUCACCUCAUCUGUCACACUACAAUCAGAACUAAUACAACUUCCAAGAUACGUAAAAUGCUCCACAACUUCCAGUGCCUCUCCCUGGAUUAGGAUGAACACUCUGUUUCUGAAACGCCAAGUUAGGUAA